AUGGCGGGCGAUAACACGGAGAUAGACUUAUAUGACAAUAUUGAUGAGGAUUUUGUUCAGGAGUGUACCGAUCUUACAGAACUUUAUGAUGAUGUUAUCGCUCCAAUUAAGUCGGAGAAUUCCUCAGGAGUUGGAUCUGUUGUGCCUAACAAGCACUCAUAUAAUCCGUCGAAUUACUCUGGGCGUCGUGUCUCAGUAUAUGUUGGAAACUUGACAUGGUGGACAACAGAUCUGGACUUAUUAGAGGCAGCUGCAGGUAUUGGUAUCAAUGAUGUUGUUGAAGUUAAGUUUCACGAAAACCGUCAAAAUGGGCAAUCCAAAGGCUUUUGUGUAAUGGUUUUUGGGUCUGAACAGUCCAUGCGUUUGGCGAUGGACAAGUUUCCAAAGAUCGAUCUUCAUGGACAAAACCCUGUUGUCACAAGUUACACAAAACACAACCUCAGCGUUUUGAGAAGGCUGCGGGUAAUGACGGACAAACAACCCCUCGACCUCGUACGGAAGAGAUGCAAAGUGUCAAGGUGUCCGCAGGAACAGCAGGUGUAUUAG